UGUACUUCUUCUUAGUGACUCCCAAAAAGUUCGCCGUCUAUCUAAGAAUCUCUUCGUUUCCGCCAAAUUACUCAGAGGCCCUGCUGCUCGUCUUUGUUGUUGAGAUCUUUCCAUAUUAGACACGAGAUACUCUUUCGACCGCCAACAUGUCUGAAAGAAAGGUGCUUACGAAGUACUACCCACCCGAAUUCGACCCCUCCAAGAUCACUCGUACUCCCAAACAUCUGCGGCCUACAGGACCUAAGACCAUCCCAGUGCGUUUGAUGGCGCCUUUCAGUAUGAAGUGUACGUCAUGUGGUGAAUAUAUCUACAAGGGCCGCAAAUUCAACGCACGGAAAGAAACGACAGAGGAGAAGUAUCUCAACAUCAGUAUCUACCGUUUCUACAUCCGCUGCACGAGAUGUAGUUCGGAAAUCACCUUCAAGACCGAUCCCAAGAAUAUGGACUACACCUCCGAAAGAGGAGCCAAGCGAAACUUCGAGUCUUGGCGGAACCCAGAGAGCGCCGAGUUGCAGGAAACUGAUGAAGAUCGGCUGGACAGGCUAGCGAGAGAGGAGGCUGACGAAGAAGAAAAUGCCGAAAGGAAUGCGAUGGAAGAACUCGAGGAUAAGAUGGAAGAAAGCAAGAGGGAAAUGCAGGUUGCAGAUGCCUUGGACGAGAUCAUGCAGAGAAACGCACGCAUCGAGAGAGGCGAGAAGGGUGGCAAGGAAGACGAGGCUCUGGCUCAGGUCAGAGAUGUUGCACAAGAACAGCGGGAAGCGCAGGAAAGAGAAGACGCCGAAGCGGCGAGAAGAGCGUUCGAGAUUGCAAAAGCCCAGCAGGCCGGACCAGAGGAAGAGGUGGAGAUCGAGUACAAGGCUCCCAAACCACUGGAGGCACAGAGGUUGAUGCUGCCUCCUCCUUCCUUCGAGAAAGUCAAAAGGGCGAAGAAGCCCUUGGUUCCUGGGCUGGUGCGCAAGACUGAGCCACCCCCGCCAGCGCCAGUAGUUGUGCAAGUCAAGCCAGCAGGUCUUGGCCUGGGUGAUUACGACUCUGAUGACGACUGAAUGAAGCGGUAGAUUUCGCGAACACUUGAAAGCAAUCGCAGAUUGCUAGCCUAUCGGUAACACAACCGCCUGAGACGAUAUGCUGUGAAUGUUCUCUACUGGAUUCAAUCUCCUUUACUGGGUGGAUGGCCAAUUAUG